AUGCAAGAGUUAGGUAAGUAAUAAAAGAUGGUUAUUGGAAUGGUUGGAUUACCAGCCAGAGGUAAGACUUACAUAUCUAGAAAGAUUUGUAGAUAUUUGAAUUGGAUGGGUUUCAAGAGUAAAGUAUUUAAUAUUGGAAAUUACAGGAGAUAAAUAUGUGGAACAGAUUGCAACUCUAAUUUCUUUGAUCCUGGUAAUAAAGAUGUAAUUGAAUAUAUAUAAUUCAAGGCAUCAAAAGCAAGAGAUGAAUGUGCAUUAUUGGCUUUAAAUGAUAUGAUAAAUUAUCUAAGAAAUGAAGGAGAUGUUAGUUUAUAUGAUGGAACAAAUACUACAAAGUAAAGAAGAAAAUUGAUUAUGGAGACAUUAUAAUAAAAGUUUAGUGAAGUAUAAGUAUUUUGGGUAGAAUCAAUAUGCAAUGAUGAAGAUGUUAUUUUGAGAAAUAUUUAAUUAACAAAAUUAAAUAAUCCUGAUUAUAUUGGGAAAUCAUCUGAAGAAGCUACUUAGGAUUUCUAAUAGAGAAUUGAAUAAUAUAAUAAAGUUUAUGAACCAAUUGAUAUGGAUGAGAAUAUAUCAUUUAUAAAGAUUAUUGAUAUUGGGAAUGAUGUAAAGCAUAAUAUAAUUAAUUUAGAUUAUGAUUUAUAAUAUCUAAGGAUUUUUAUAAUCUAAAUUAGUAUCAUAUUUAAUGAAUUUGCAUAUAUAUCCUAGACCAAUAUAUUUGUCUAGACAUGGAGAAAGUUAAUAUAAUGUUCUACAUAAAGUAGGAGGUGAUUCUGAUUUAACUUAAACAGGUUUAAUGUAUGCAAAAUAAUUGGGCAAAUAUUUUGUUUAAGAAUUAGAAGGAAAUAGAAAUAUUAAAAUGUUCACUUCAACUAUGUAAAGAGCAUUACAUACAAGUAAUGAAGUUUGUGAAUUAUUGGGAGUGGAAUAUUAUUCAUUAAAAGCAUUGGAUGAAAUAAAUCCAGGAAUUUGUGAUGGAUUAACAUAUUAAUAGAUUGCUGAUAAAUUUCCUUAAGAUUAUGAAGAACGCAAAAUGAAUAAAUUAACUUAUAGAUAUCCAAGAGGAGAAUCAUAUCUUGAUGUAAUUAGUAGAGUAGAAUAAAUAAUAUUUGAGAUUGAAAGAUCAAGAUUACCUGUUAUUGUUAUUGCACAUUAAGCAAUAUUAAGAUGUUUAUAUGCAUAUUUUCAUGAACAUGAAGUACCAGAAAUACCAAAAUUAAAUAUUCCAUUACAUUAAGUAAUAAAAUUAGUACCUGCAGCAUAUUAUUGUAAAGAAACAAGAAUAAAAAUUGAUCCUAUGACUGGAAAUUGGGAAAUUUAAGAUGAAGCUACAAUUAAGAAAGUUAAAUCAUUUCUUGAUUUGUGA